AUGGACCUCCUCCAGUCUCCGAUAUUCACCGCCCAUGUGGAGGCACUCAUGCAGGCGCAACACGUACCCGGCCUAGCCAUUGCAAUCCUUGAGAACAAUACGGUGGCCUCCACAGGUUACGGGUGGGCAUCCAUCGACCCGCCCAAACCGUGCACAGCGGACACGCUGUUCGACAUAGCGUCUGCUUCCAAGUCAUUGACCGCUGCAUCUGUCGGACUCCUGGUGCGUGACAAUGUCCACUACCCAGAGGUGCAAUACAAAGCCACCAUGUCGAGCUUGCUUCCCGGCGACUUUGUCAUGUCCGAGGAAGAGUAUACCAAGAGCGUUACCGUUGAAGAUGUCCUGAGUCACAGGACGGGAAUCGCCGGCCAUGACCUAUCAUAUCUGGGCCCCGGAGCAGCACAACCAGAUAACGCCCGGUCAAUCACGAGGAACCUACGGAACUUGGGCAUAGCAUCCCCCCUCCGUUCAAAAUACCUAUACUGCAACAUGAUGUAUACCGUGGCGUCGUACUUGGUUGAGAAGGCGACCGGGCUCCCCUUUGCUGAUUUUCUUGAACUACGCUUCUUUCAGCCUUUAAAUAUGCAGUCGACCAACCUCCAACCGGGACGCGCUCGCGACAAGGGUCUUGGAGACCGCAUUGCCACUGGAUACUUGUGGGAUGAAAAGAGCAAGCAAUAUCAAGGACUCCAGGCCCAAGACGAACCCGAGGCUCAAGGGGCGGGCUUAGUCAUAUCGAGCGUCAAUGACUAUAUCAAAUGGGUCAAGGCCAUGGUGAAUCACGAAGACCCUAUUACCCGGGACGUAUACAAGGGGCUCGUCAAGCCGCGAACAAUCGAGGACCCGGGAGAUACUCAUCUCCGGCCGUUGACUUCCCCAAUGUUAUAUGGCGCUGGAUGGGAAACGUACUACUACCGGGGUCACGCAAUCAUCAGCCACGAUGGCAGCGAUCCCGGUUUCCAGACUUCUCAUUUCUUCCUCCCCGAAUUCAAGUCUGGCGGUGCAAUCUUCGACAACUCGGACAGCGGCGACGUUAUUAUCAACAUUCUGAUGCGAGAGAUCAUAGAUGAAUUCCUUAAAGUCCCCGAGGCUGAGCGGGUGGAUUGGAAAAAGAUCGAAACUGAACCCCGCAGUGCAGGACAUGAACAAGAGGAAGAAACAACUGCGGAGCUCUUGCCGAAGCACUGUCCCGGUUCCAAGAAGCCACAUCCGCAGAUGUUGCCCCUCGCUGCUUACACCGGCAGAUACUGGAACCGAGGUUAUCACAGCCUGACGGUACAGAUUAGUAACGAUAGUCUCUUCGUUGACGCUGAGGAUCGAUCGUUUCCGUUCAUGCUUACGUUCCAGCAUCUAUGCAACCAGACCAAAUAUAUCGCGCACAUGCAGCCGACCGAUUUCCAGGGAAUUGAAGACGCGGAGGACAUUGACGCUGAGUUUAGGCUGCAUAACGAUACGGCAAUCAAGAUGGGUCUGGACCUCGAGAGCGAUUUGCCUGACCUGAUCUGGUUCGACAAAGUGUAA